AGGAUGAAGCUGGUGGUGGCCAAGGUGCUGUGUCUGCUGGGCAUCUGUGUCCUGAUGCUGGCCGGGUCCCUGCUGCCCGUCAGGGUCAUCAGUGCUGACCACGAGAAGGCCCGUUGCUCCAGGAAGGUUCUUUCCCUCUGCAAUUCCUUUGGAGGAGGAGUCUUCCUGGCCACCUGCUUCAACGCCCUGCUGCCAGCCCUCAGGGAGAAGCUUGAUGAAGUCCUGCGGCAGGGGAACGUGACCACAGACUACCCGGUGGCCGAGACCAUCAUGCUGGUUGGCUUCUUUGUCACAGUCUUCGUGGAGCAGCUUGUCCUGACCUUCCAGAAGGAAAAACCUUCUUUCAUUGACCUGGAGACCUUCAACGCUGGUUCGGAUGCCGGGAGCGACUCGGAGUACGAGAGCCCCUUCAUCGCCGCCCCGCGCCCGCCCUGCGGGGACCACGGCCCCCAUUCCCACGGGCUCAGCAUCCAGGAGCUCUCCCGCUCCGGGCCCCUGCGCCUGCUGGGACUGACGUUUGCCCUGUGUGCACAUUCCAUCCUGGAGGGCCUGGCCCUGGGCCUGCAGGAGGAGGGAAGCAAGGUCAUCAACCUGUUCCUGGGAGUGGCCGUUCACGAGACGCUGGUGGCCGUGGCCCUGGGUGUCAGCAUGGCCAAGGCCUCGCUGCCCAUGAGGGAUGCCCUGAAGCUGGCUGUGACAGUCAGCCUGAUGAUCCCUCUGGGAAUCUCCAUCGGGAUGGGGAUUGAGAGCACCCAAAGUGCAGCCAGCAGCAUCAUCUCCCUCCUCCUGCAAGGCAUCGCGGGCGGCACCUUCUUGUUCGUCACCUUCUUCGAGAUCCUUGCCAAAGAGCUGGAAGAGAAGAACAAUCGUCUCCUGAAGGUUCUGUUCCUGGUGCUGGGAUACACGGCACUGGCCGGGCUGGUCUUCAUCAAGUGGUGA